CCCCCCUCAUUCAUUCCUCACUCACCCGCACCCCCCUCGCAGCUGCUGCGCUCUUGAGAGACGCGGGCAGCAACUGCAUGGUGGUGUUGGCGGUGUCACAGAGACACGGAUACAGAGACACGGAGACAACCGGACAGAAGCACACAGAUAUCGAGACACACACACACUCACGUAGUGAGUGGCGCGGUGUUACAACUCGUGGGACAAAACUAGAGCGACGCCUACACACAGAGUGCCAACUUCGGAGGCCACAGCCCCGGCGACUGGGAGACAACAGCCGCUCGGACCCAGCGAGACGACCAACGAGACACAGAUCGAGAGCUCCCAGACACAAGCCAAAGAGAGAAGCGACACACAGAGAGAGAGAGAGACAGACACCUUCCGUAGAGGAGAGGUGUGACAGAGAGGCACUUCGUCACACAAACAAUUGGACACACAGUGUCGCAGCUGCAGAGACAGCAGACACUUGAGACACGGGUGGAGGACACGGGAGACAAGCAGAGACAAUAAGCGUGAUGUUUCUAUUGUCUGUUGAGAGCGCCGAUUGGAGAUCCGAUUGUUCUGUGAUGUAAGCCGUUCGAUCGCUCUGUCUGAGAGCGUUGGUGAAUUCCUGCCGAUGAACGCGCUCGUCCUCACGUUUAAAUUUGCAGCAGCGCUAAGGGGAACGCGGUCCAUGGUUUGGAGUUCGUCGCCGCACUCACACGGUGGAGCGGGCAGUGUGGGGGGGGGGGGGGGGUACUGAUAGCGACGCAUAAAGAUACUGAGACGGAGGAGACAGAGAGACAGAGAGAGACGCGCAGACACAAACUCGAGUGACGCAGACGCAGAAGCAGAGCCGAAGAGCGAAGGGGAAGACGCAGAAUACGCAGACGUGUCCCAGCAUCAUGGCGUGGGCUCCUCUGCUCCUGGCUGGCAUCCUGAUCGGAGCGGGCGAGUCCUUGGUGCAAAACGAGGAGCAGCGACUCUACAACGACCUCUUCAAAAACUACAACCGUGACGUCCGUCCCACGCACGACAAGGAUGUCCCCGUGGACAUAUCCCUGGGGCUCUCGCUCUCCAACCUCAUCUCUCUGAAAGAGGCCGAUGAAACGCUUCUCACCAACGUGUGGAUCGAUCAAACGUGGACCGACUACCGGCUCAGUUGGGACCCCGAGGAAUACGGCGGAAUAGUCGAACUCCGCGUUCCAUCGACUAAAGUGUGGCUGCCCGAAAUCGUCCUGGAGAACAAUAUCGAUGGGCAGUACACGAUGGCGCUGUACUGUAACGUGAUUCUGGAUAGCAGCGGGCUUGUGUAUUGGCUGCCGCCCGCCAUCUACCGCAGCUAUUGCUCCAUAAGCGUCAUCAACUACCCCUUCGAUUGGCAGAACUGCACUCUGGUGUUCCGCUCGCUUACGUACAGCGCCCGUGAGAUUAACAUGCAGCUCAAGUUGGAGCAGGAUCAGGAUCCCCCCAAUAAGUUCUUCACCGUGGAAUGGAUCGUGACCGAUAAGGAGGCCUUCACGGAAAACGGCGAAUGGGAGAUUGUGCACCUGCCAGCCAAGAAGCACAUUAACACAGCGUUGUCCAAAGACGACACCAAGUACCAGAACAUCACCUUCUACGUCAUCAUCCAACGCAAGCCGCUCUUUUACGUCAUUAACAUCAUCAUCCCCAUGGUCAUCAUCAGCCUCAUCGCCAGCCUGGCCUACUACCUCCCCUGUGACUGCGGGGAGAAGAUGACUGUGUCCAUCUCAGUGCUGCUCGCUCAGACCGUGUUCCUCUUCCUCGUGGCCCAGAAGCUCCCCGAGACCUCCCUCGAGGUCCCCAUCAUCGCCAAGUACCUGAUGUUCAUAAUGGUGCUCGUCACUAUGGUGGUGCUGAGCUCCGUCGUGGUCCUCAACCUUCACCACCGCUCGCCCAGCACACACCACCUCCAGCCCUGGAUGCGCAAGGUUUUCCUGGAGCGCCUCCCGCGGAUACUGCACAUGUCACAGCCCGAGGACUCGCCGGACUCCGGCGCACCGGGGCUGGGGCCCCGCAGGCGCAGCUCGCUGGGCCUCAUUGCCACGGCGGAGGAGUACGUGCACGUGAAGGCGCGCAGCGAGCUCAUGUUCGAGCGCAUGAGCGAGCGGCACGGCCUCGUCACGCGCCGCACGCCCGCCGUGCGGCACGCGGUGGCGGACGGCGUGGAGCAGCAGCAGGCUGAGUUGCUGCUGCAGCUGCUGAGGUCCGCUGUGCAGGGGGCCCUCGUCAUCGCCCAGCACACGCGCGACAAGAACCUGCACGGGGAGGAGAAGGAGGCGUGGAACCGGGUGGCGCGCACGCUGGACCGCCUGUGCCUCUUCGUGGUGGGGCCCGUCAUGGUGCUGGGCACCAUCACCAUCUUCCUGAGCAGCAUCUUGAACCGCUCGCCGAACGUACCCUUCGAGGGCGAGACGUUCAACUACACGCCCGCGCAGCGCCGCUACAUCUAGCGCCCGUCAUCGUCAUCGCCGGCGGUGCCUGGCGGCCAGUCGUGGCCGGGCAGGAGGGCAGCCUCACGGAGGCCGUGAUGCACGGAGGGAAAUUUCAGGGCAAUCGUGGGCGGCAAAGUCGAUCCCAGAAGGCAGACCGCGUGCGCAGUGAGCGACCGUGGCUCCGCUUUGGAAUUCGCAAUUUACCGUCGUCCCGUGUCCCCAGGUACUCAUAACCUUGUCCUGUUACGUUUUGUUGCUUGUGGUUUUGGACAGUCGAGGCCGAUGCUCACCAACCACGGUAUUUAUAUAUUUAUAUAUAUGGUUAACAAAAGCAAGAAACUUGGCACGGAAGCCGUUGGCAGCAAUUUCCUUGGUAGAUCAUGGCCUAAACUACAGCAACGAUACCAAUGAGCUGGUAAAAAAAAAAUAGACGAAAGAGAAUCGGAGAUUGACUCGACGAUGCAUUGACUAGUUGCAGGAGCGCGUCGUUCUGCAGCCGCUCGAGGUCAUGAUCAGCUCAUGGAGCUCUCAGGGGUAACUUAGAAAGGUAGUCAGUCCUUCGACAUCAUGUUCUGACACAGGGGGGGGAAUACUGUACGAUGUGACAUUCUUAAGUAAUGAGUGAGAGACGAAUGGAUCAUGUAACACUAGCAAAUGUGUUUUUUUUCGCUUGCAUUUAAUUAGUCGUAUUUAAUUUAGGAAACAUCCAGGGCAAAACGCAUUUGCAUAUCUGCAAAUGGUCAUUUUUGCUCUGGUUUGUGUCUCGAGGAUUUGGGGCAACGCUUCGAUCUAUUUUAGUUUUUUUUUUUAAUUGCUUAAGUCUGUAAUAGAAACCCAACGUCAUACCAAAGCUGAGUUCAUAUUGGAAGAUCGUGCCUGCCCCUCCCCUCCCCCCCUACCCCCCCCCCCCGCCGUUACAUACAGACGGGUGGACGCACAGAGGUAAUGUAACAAAGACUCUUAAAGUUAGUUGGAAAGUGUGACAAAAAAAAGAGUAAGGAGAGUGUUUGUCCUUCAUAAUCACGUUUGCUCAGGUCCCCCACAACCCCCACGCCGUUCCCACCUGUGCUUCUCCGCUUGGCUGAGCAUCCAGUGUUUGUGUUGCUAUCAUUGAUUCACGUGGCGUUUCAAUAAGAAAACUUAAACAUCAACAAGAGCUCCCACUUUUCUCACCCGCUCUCUUGAGCCGCUCUCGCCACCUCUCCCCUCUCUCUCUCUCCAUCUCUCUGAGCAUCUCACGCAUCCCGGCAUAUGAACCAAGCUACAAAUAUCGUAUUUUAUUUUAACCAGGUAAGGCCCACUGAGCUAUACAGCUCUUUUUUCGGAAGCGAACUGCACAAAACUCAUAGCUCGGCGAAGUGGCCUAUCAUGUGGAAAUGUUUAGCAGCCAAAUACUCUAAACGCAGAUGCCUGGUAUUGAUCUUCGCCAAAGCUCAUGGUACACCCGGAACUGCAUCCGUAUGAACCAUGGCAGAUGCGGAUACCUGAUGCACAAAUGGAAAAUUUACGACUUUUCAAAGUGCGACUAUGCUCAUCCAGAACAGACCAUGCAUAUAAUAACAGAGGCGCCUGACACACAAA